AAAGGAAAAAAAAAACAAAAACGGGCCCUGUGUGUUGCCCAGAUCCUGUAGAGGAUGGAGAAGGGGUUGUGGAGUGGCCCUCCCUGCAGGCGCCUUCACACUUUUCAUCUCUGUGUCUCCUGCAAGUGCACAUGGGGUGGCAUGGGGAGUGUUAGCAGUCUGGGGGGUCUGGACCUCUCCUUUUAGGGUGUGUUCAAGGUAGGUGAGGUUUGAAUUGGCUCAGUAAGAAUGAAUGAAAAUACCUUUAGUUCUCCUUCACUAAGAAAUUAAGACGAUUUGCAUCCUCAGAGCCCAGAGCUUAGUUUGCAAUUUGGUCUGCAUUCUUGCUCUUCCAGCUCAGUCUGGGCCAUUGGCUUUGACCUGCGGCCCCCUUCUGUCCUGCAGGGGUUUGGAUUAUGGAGCUGGGUUAUUUGCGCAGGACUGUGUCCUGGCUGCUCUGUGAGUACUGCAGCCCUGGUGGGCAGAACUGCGGACACCACUCAUCCCCGUCUUCCGUCUGUAAAGGUCUUGGCGUGCAUGAUUGAGGCGGAGCUCAAGGAGCAGCUAAGAAGAAAGCAGGAAGCUUUGACACGUUUCCAGAGACAAGUCAGACACCGAGUAAACCAACAAGUCAGGCUCAGAAAAAUGCAGCAGCCUCAAAGAUGUGACGGAGCAGCAGAGAAAAGAGGCUCCCCAGCUAUGCAGUCUUCAGGGCCAGGACACUUCUCUUCUAAAGCAGCAAGUGUGUGUUCAGGCCGUGUGGAGGCUGCUGCUGGGAUUUCUGGCUCGCCUCCUUCCCAGGUGCUUGAGGGUGCAGCAGAAGGCGGGCAGAGUUGGGCUGCACUGCUCCCGCAACAAGCCCAGGCUCCUAGUCUAACCAUGAAGCAGGCACGUCACCGGCUGGCGUCCUUUAAAACAGUGAGUGAAAAAAAGACAUUGGUGUCUCCAGAAGGUGGAAGGGAAAGUUUUCCCACCCAAGAGAAAGCACUUUCUAGGAAACCAGCGUCCAUCAGGAUAAACACAGGAAUAAGAGAAGAGUUCCCCGUGAAGGUCCACCAAGGUCUUCUGGCUGCCUCCCAUCAUCACAGCUUUAUGGACAAUCAGGAACCCUGCUGUGAGGAAUCUCUAUCCAUUAUGAUUGAUGAGAAAGGGGGAGCUUUGUUUCGGAGGAACCAGCAAGAAUUCCCCUCUGAAGUCAGAGGCAAGGCUUUGAGCAGAGUUCCGAAAGUAACAUUUAAAAACCCAUUAUUUGCUGUGAUAGAAGAAGAAGAAGAGCAGUCCCACCUUGGGGGCCCUCCGGACGUUCUGCCGGAAGCCCAGGCUCAUUUGAUGGGAAUCCAGAGUGUGGGGCCAGUCACCCAGGCUGUCACGGUGGAGGUGCAGGCGAUUGCACCCCAAGGUCAGGCUGUGAAGAUCGAAACUCAGAGUACUGUGCUGAAAACCCAGAGUACUGAUACAGAGGAUGGGAGUAUUGUAUUGGAAGCACAGAAUUUUCUACCUCCAAACCAGCUUUUUCUACCCAAAGACCUUUGUGUUCUUCCCAAAGACCAGACUAUUCCACCUGAGUGUCAAGGCCAGGAUUGGCUACCUAAGGAUCAGGGUCUUCUCUCCAAAAGGGAGCAAGUUCUACGUAAAGACCAGAAUAUUCAACCCAAACAUCAGGACCAGGAUUCUCUACCUGAAGACAAAAGUUUUCUACUCACAAACCAGUAUAUUCUCCCGAAAGACCAGAAUAUACUACCCUCAAGCCAGGACCAGAAUUUCCUACCUAAAGACGAGGGUUUUCUCCCAAAAGAUGACCAUGAUCUCCCUAAAAACGAGAAUAUUCUACCCAGUUAUCAGGACCAGGACUCUCUACCUGAAGACCAAGAUUUUUUACCCAGAAACCAGCAUGCUCUCUCUAAGGAGAGUCUCCUCGACUGUCUAAACCAGGAUUUCUUACCUAAAGACCAAAAUUUUCUACCCACAGAUGAGCAUGUUCUCCCCAAAGAUCAGACUUUCCGACCCAAAUAUCAGAGCCAGGAUUUUCUCCUCAGUGAUGAACACGUUCUCCUUAAACACCAAAAUAUUCUACCUGGUUCCCAGGACCAGGGUUCUCUACCUGAAGACCAGCAUGUUUCCCUCAAGGAUCAGAAUAUUCUACCCAAAGGUCAGGACCAGGAUUUCCUACCCAAAGAUGAGAAAGUAAAUUUGAAGCUGCCACCAUCAGUUUUGCCAGGCAGAGGGGCACGGGGGGCACCUCCCCUGGACGAGCUGCGAGUCGGCCUGUGCGGGCACUGCCAGGCUUCCAGCAGAGGGAAGAAAGUACACUUUGAAGAGCCAGACUCCGAGACGGCACGUGAGCAGGGGCGACAAGGAUGUUCUCUGAGGGGUUAUCAGUUUCUGCCUCCCAAACUCUGGGACCAGGACCUCAUCAGAGAACAGCAACAGAAGCAGUGCCUGAGACGUGGACAGCUGUUCAUGGAUAUGGAGAGAGGACAAGGAAAGGAACAGCAGAGGCAAAAGGAACAAGAGAGGAAAGUGGAAAAAAUUAAGAAGACAGAGCACGAGCUACACCAUGGCACUGAGGAGCAGAGGGCCCUGAGAAUGAGCUAUCACAGAGACUUGUGCUCAGGAGGGAGCAUGAGUGAGAUCGUAGCCCUGCCACAGCCUGAAGAAGUAAAAGGAGCCAGAGAAAAACAGCAGCAGAGAGAACAAGAGAGCCUACGAUACAUAGAAGCGUUGCGAGCUCAGAUCCAGGAGAAGGUGCAGCUGUGUGAGGCCGCCUCGCCUCCUCUCUGCUCUCAUGGUCCCGGGUUCGGGGACGCUCAUCCUGACUCCUGUGCCAACAGUCGCAUUUUCUAUAAAGACCACAGAGCGUACACCCAGGCUCUGUGCUCGGUUGUCAGUCCUUGUGACAUCCCCAAGGGGAGCUCAGCUCUGCGAAGUGCCAUCCACAACUUUGCUUCUGCAUACGGACGGAAUUUGAAGAAUCUGAAGUGAGAGUCUGAAAUCAGCUGUCAGCAUUUCGACCUUAGAAAACACAAAGUGUACACAGAUGUGUAAUCUGGAAAGACUGUCCCAGGAGUAGCUGUCUCUGGAUUGUAAUCAUUGUCUUAGUCUCUGCCUUGAGGCCAGCACUGAGAGUCGGCAUCCAAACUUGUCUCUUCCUGUGAACCACGUAGAGCCUGUUAUUUUAAAAAGAAGGUCUGUCAGACAAGUAGUUUCUGGCACUUUGCCUUGCUCUGAGCAGAAGAGGUCAGGAGGGCACUUCGAGGUGUGCUUUUGAGUCUUGACAGUGUUGGAAAAGUCUGGACGAAGCAGAAGAGAAAGGGAUGACAUUUGUCUCUGCGUGUCAGUGGUCCUUCCUCUGCCACAGUGGCGGAGCCUCACAGUGAGAGAUGACAGGAAGCUGGAUUCACUAUGUGGUUCCUUCUGAAGAUCUUUUCUCUUCUCUCCUUUUACACUUACUGCCUCUUUCCUAUCCAUGGCAUUGGACAUAGGGCUUUUUAAUUGUGUCUCUUUUUAUCAUUGGUAAAAAAACGGUGAAUAAACCUGUCCUUGGACUGUCUGUUAU